AUCAGUGAUAGGUUAAUGUGUCCAUGGUGGCUGUGUUCUGAUUGGUUACUGGUUGUUCCACUUGUUGCAGGGCAAUGUAUACUAGUUUAUGGUGCUGGAUCUCAAAGUGCAGUACUUCCACAGAGGUUUAGUGGGUUAGACACUGGAUUACGUGUGGUGUUCUUCAAGACAGCACAACUUCAUGAUAAGGCCAUGAGGAGACGAGCUCAUGGACACUCUGAUGGUACGAAUAGCUGUGACAGAAUCAUCAACUUCAGCUCCCGAUCUAGUGAUGAUAGCUCACAGCAUCUCUCUCCAGAAGAGACAGCUUGUCUCAUAUUUUUGGAGGAGACCAUCGAGUCCAUAGAGACAGAGGACGAUUUUCUGCCCAGUGAUGAUGCUCAAUCUUACGGAAACACGAUUAGCAAAAACCAUGACGACAUCACAUGUGGUGUUCCUCAGGACCAGUCAUCCUGCAACUCUGUUCCAGUGACUGGUUCCACUGACGAUCUCUCUGCAGAAGAGAAGGCUUGUCUCGAGUUUUUAGAGGAGACCAUCAACUCAUUAGAGAAUGGCGGUCUGUCCACUGAUGACGCUGAAAGUCUUCCUGAGUCUUAUCACACUAUUGUCAAAAAGCAUCACUUCAAUCAAAUAAAGAAUUACUUUGUUCCUACACCUCUUGUGCUGACAACCAGCAAUAGUAAUGUCCCUCUCAAAAGAAUGGCAUGUUCCAAGGAAAAACCACCAUUGGAUAAGGAUAAUAGCUCUCAGAAUGAUCAACCAUCAGCUGAUGACGCAUCCCAUCGGGCGCCUUUGUCCUAUGACGGUCUGGAGGAGCUAUGCAAGAGUGUAUCCACGAUGAAAACCUCAGUUGAGAAACAACCUUCUACACAUGGUGAUCAGAUGUAUUCUAAAAAAACCCAGAACAUUUCAGAAAGCCGUUGCAGUAAGCCCAGUCCUCCACCCACAGCUCCCAAGCCCAAGAAGAUACCUUCCCAUAUAGCCAUUUUGAAUCCUAAAGGAAGCAACAUCCCUAAUCCACACUCAAAUCUACAUUGCUUAUCUACAUCUCCUGAAAACUGUGGUUUGAUGAGACAAGACAAGGCCAAGCUGGAGACUUUAUCGAAACUAGGUCUACUAAAGGAGGAUGUAAUACCAGAAAACAAACAAGGCUUGGAUGCUCAAUUGUCAAGCUCCUUACGGGAAUGGCCUCAGAAGAACCUCCUAGAGAAGUCUGGAAUGAAGUUGGAGAGCAGUUUGUCCAACGAUGAGCAAUUAGCACUCCAAAAGCUAUCACAUGCCCUAAGAUCAAGCCUACAGAUGGUUCCUGACAACGAUGAGGAACGGCAAUGGGCUCUAAGAAAACUAGAAUUUCUUAAAGACUAAAUAUUACUAAAUAGUCAACUCCAGAAUUAUUGGCACUCUCUGUGGACUAUCUAACUUAAAUAACACAGACAAUUAGACAUAUGUGGAUGCUGUAUAGUUUUGUUUUAACAAUGAUUGGCACACCACAAUUAACAUUUUGUGAUGCCUCCUGUAGAGAUAAUAACAGCACUGAGUGUCUUCCUGUAACGUUUAAAAAGUUUGGAGAGACUUGGACACUUGUAGAGGAUCUUGGACCUUGUGAAGAACCAUGGUUGGUUCUUGGUUCUCUUUAAUUCAGACCACAGGUUUUCAGCAUAGUUUGGAUUAAACUAUCCUGGUACUUAGUACCUGAAAUCUAGCCAAAAAACAGCGCGCACACACACACACACACACACACACAAAAAAAAAACAAAAAAAAAAAACAACAACAACAACAAAAAAAAAAAAAAACACUGAUACACCACCAUUCUAAGAUUUUGGGUGCUUUUUGCAUGAAUGCAGGAUCCAUAUUUCACCAAACAUUUAUGCUACAAAGUGUAUUGUUAGUUUCAUUUGACCUCUAUGAAUUAUUCCAGUUGUAGGUCCGAUGGGUCAUGGAAAGGGCUUCUUUAAAAACACAGUUUUUCCAAAUCUUCUUUUGAUUGAUGAUCUCAAUAGUCAAACUGUCUAACAGGGAUACUUUGGGAACAUAUUUCUGGAAUCGUGUAUUUCAUGUAAUCAUUUCUGAUCAUUCUCUUGAAGGGUGCCAAUAAUUCUGGUGGUAACUUUAUGGAUUUGAGAGACUUCUUGUAAUGUAAAAUUGUAAUGUACUGUAUAUUGUAUUGUAAUAUCAACCAGUUGCCUUCGAUACAGUAACAAUAACUUCAACAAAAUAUUUUUCUCUUGAGCUCCAGAAUUAAGCCUCAGAUUUGUUUCCUUGUCAUCUUUAGUACUGUGAAUUCACCAGUGUGAAAGUAUAAUAUACUGAUGAUUUUAUAAACUACACUUUUCCCCCAACUUUUACUUUAAUAAUACAUUCGAUUUGGACAAUGAAUACAAAUUUCAGUGCAACGAUAAAUAUUAUAAUCACUGUUUUAUGGAUAGCAAAAUCCUAGUGCAAGUCUAUGAAAAUAGGUAGAUCGUAUUAGAAGCGAAUAGAUCACUUUUCACAUACAGAAAAAUGACAUUUUCAUCAGUUCAAGUCGUGUACGAAGACCAGAAAACACAGGUGUAAAUUAAUGCUCUUAUACUAAUAUACUUUUUUGUUUCUACAGAAACUGCUUACACAGGGAUUUGUAUGGCUCGCAUAAUUUAAGCCUAACAAUAAAUGUUAUAAUUGACAAUUGAAAAAAACGUUUUUGGUGAAGUUCUUCUGUAGGGAGACGUUUUAUUUAACAUUUAUGGAGUCUUCAGUGUCAGUGCUUUGUAACCAUCAGAGGUAAAGCUUGAAGUAACUUGAAGUUUUGCACCAUGGGGAAGUCUUCAGGACAGAGGAGUUUUACAUUUUGGAGUUUGUAGGUAACAUGACAAGUUGCGUAUUUUCAUCAGGGAACCUCUGCUAUAAUGUAAGUGACAGCAGGAACUAACU